AUUGCACUCAACAGCAUCACGCGUGUGCUCAGCUGCAGUGCUUGUUUUUCUCCCCCCCCCAAUUUCUUGCUCUAACUUGCUGUCGGCGUCUACCACCUCCCGAAAUCAUACAUCAUGCCCUAUAGAGUCGAAUACGCGUCCUCCAACCGUGCCAAGUGCAAAGGCCAGAAACCAUGCAAAGGGACCCCGAUUCUGAAAGGAUCGCUGAGAUUUGGCACUAUUGUCGAUGUGGGCGGUAACACAUCGUUCGCAUGGCGUCAUUGGGGCUGUCUCACCGCCAAGGUCCUCGAAAACGUCAAGAAGGAACACGAGGAGGCCUCGGAGCUCGAUGGUUUCGAAGAUUUGAAUGAGGAGGACCAGGAGCGCGUCACCAAGGCGUGGGAGGACGGGCAUGUGGCUGAUGAGGACAUUCCCGAAAGUGCGCGGAAGGACGGGGAGGGUGAGGAGGGCGAGGAGAAGCCCAAGAAGAAGGCCGCGCCGAAGAAAAAGAAGGC